AUUAGACAGGCUCUGAUUUCCCCUGUUGGGGCCGAAGUCUCUCCAUUGGCUACCCUCUGGACCAUGACGCUGGACCCCAGACCCAUGGAUGAGACGGACAUUGACGUGGAGGGUCAGAGCGACUGUGAAGACGCGGAGUUUUCUGUGUUCAGUGAGAAAUCCGCGUCCUCUGCUGCUGCUGUCCCCAAACAGGACGGUCAGAGCAGGAGAUCCGCCUCUAAGCCUCCGUUCUCUUACAUCGCUCUCAUCACCAUGGCGAUCCUCCAGAGUCCGAAGAAGAGGCUGACCCUCAGUGAGAUCUGUCACUUCAUCCUUCAGCGCUUCGCCUAUUAUCGGGAGAGGUUCCCGGCGUGGCAGAACUCCAUCCGCCACAACCUGUCGUUAAAUGACUGCUUCGUGAAAAUGCCACGGGAGCCCGGGAAUCCUGGCAAGGGGAACUAUUGGACGCUGGAUCCCAUGUCGGCCGACAUGUUCGCAAACGGGAGCUUUCUUCGCAGGAGGAAACGUUUCAAGCGGCAGCAGCUGUUUCUGGGAGCGCUCAAGGAGCACAGGGCGCAGGAUCGACGCAGCCCGGCUGCGGGGUCGCCGUUUGGCUCCGGACUCCACUGUCCCGAUUCAAGCCUCCAAGCGGGCUCGGGAGGCCGGGUACGACUUCAAGUUUGUCCCGGGUUGCCACCUGCGGGCUGCAUGAUCCCAGCGCUCUCCUCGCUCCUCUCCGGGAAUCCUCUGCUCACGUUUGAACACUGGAACUCAGGAUUCCCAAUAGCUCCAAAUCUUGUCCUUCCUUCCGCCUCGCUGCACGGAUUACCGUCCUAUCCAGCUUCUCAGAUGCCAGUUUUCCCCUUGAAAGUUUCGCCCUGCUUGAUCUAAAAUAUUGCAUUUAUUUGAACUGCAAACAUCCAGACGGCAAAACGGUACAUAUGCUUCUCAGUCCAACAGGACGUGCUUAUAAAAAAUGACUGUCUCACAUUUAGUGCUGGUUUAAAUAAAUAUGUUUAAUUAUAAA